AUGGUUUCAUCCGCGAACGACACAGAUGAGUUGGUGUGGGCCAAAAUCGGAGGAGUAUUGGUAGAAAUGCAAAUUGACUCGGGCGUCCAAUCGAACAUAAUCGAUGAUCGUACAUGGAACAUGAUGAUCCAGAAUGGAGUAGACGUAAUCGGGUCGGAACGCUGUCCGGACAGGAAGUUCAAGGCUUACGCGCAGAAAGAUUGUCUGACAGUGAACAAGAUGUUCGACGCAGAAAUUUCUAUUGCCGAUGGGAGCAAGGUGCUUAAGGCUGUGGCGCGAUUUUAUGUUGUGGUAGGUGGCCCUCAGCCACUUCUAGCACAGCGACUACGAAGGCUUCCGUUUGCCACGCUGGAACGUGUGGAAGAUAAGCUGAACGAUCUCCUGGCCAAAGAUAUUAUCGAGAGAGUGUCGGAACCGUGUACUUGGGUGUCUCCACUGGUGGUUGUACUCAAGGACAGUGGAGACAUCAGACUGUGCAUAGAUACGCGCCAGGUAAACAAAGCAGUUCUUCGAGAAACACAUCCUCUCCCGACGAUUGAAGAUAUACGCUGGAAAUUGAACGGUGCCACAGUUUUCUCCCGGUUGGACAUCAAGGACGCUUUCCAUCAGCUCUGUCUUGAGGACGAGAGCAAGCCGCUUACAACUUUCAUCACGCACAAGGGGCUGUUCAGGUACAAGCGGUUGCUCUUCGGCAUAAGCAGCGCAUCGGAACAGUUUCAGAAGAUCAUCGAGCAGUUGUUCUCAAGUUGUGGCAACACGGUCAAUUUCAUUGACGACAUCAUCGUAUUCGGUAAGACUGAACAGGAACAUGACGUGGCGCUCCAAGAGAUGUACGAGAUUGAUUUCCUGGGACAUCGAUUCAACAAGAACGGCAUGUCCCCAGCUCAGAGCAAAGUUAAAGCUAUACGGAAUUUCCGGACGCCGACCACUGGCGAGGAAGUGCGAAGUUUCCUCGGUCUCGUCAAUUACGUUGGUGCGUUCAUUCCAGACCUCGCGACAUGGGGUUCAGCCGAGCAGGAAGCUUUCGAUCGUCUGCUGCUACUCAUUGGCAGACCGAGCAGUUUGUCCCAUUUCGACGCAAAACUAUCGACGCGGGUCAUCGCAGAUGCUUCUCCAGUUGGAUUGGGAGCAGUUCUAAUCCAAUUUCUGGAAGGAGUGCCGAAGGUGGUAUCGUACGCCAGUAAAAGCUUAACCGAGACGGAACGGCGGUACGCACAAACGGAAAAGGAAGCGUUGGCGUUGGUUUGGUCCGUGGAGCGGUUUAAGAUCUACCUACUGGGCAUCCGGUUUGAACUGGAGACAGAUCACAAGCCACUUGAAGCCAUAUUUUCUCCAGAUUCUUCUCCAUGUCUCAGAAUUGAGCGUUGGGUGUUGCGUCUGCAGGCGUUCAGCUACAAAGUAGUUUAUCGUAAAGGUAAAUCGAACAUCGCAGAUCCUUUGUCGAGGUUAUCAGUACCAACGGAAACGGACCCUUUCGAUUCUGACUCGGAGAUUUAUGUGCGAAAUGUCUUGGAACUUGCUGCGAUCGACCUGGGCGAAGUGGAGAAGGUCGCUACCGAGGAUCUGGAGCUGAUAGAACUGAGGAAUUGCCUGGACCGAGGAAUUUGGAACUAUUCGUCCGAACAUGUCAAACCGUAUUAUGCCUUUCGGCAGGAACUGGGCAAGGUUGGCGAUCUAGUGGUGAGAGGCUCGCGACUGGUUGUUCCGAGAAGUUUACGACAACGAAUGCUGCAACUAGGUCAUGAAGGUCAUCCGGAUCAAACGAAGAUGCAGCAGAGGUUGAGGAACAAUUGUUGGUGGCCCGGGAUGGAUCAGGACGUGGUGCGUUUUGUGGACCGUUGCGAAGGUUGUCGUUUAGAGUUAGGGAUCGACUUUCUUGGACCGUUACCUUCCGGAGACUACCUCCUGGUGGUGGUCGAUUAUUUCAGCCGUUAUAAGGAGGUUGAGAUUCUAAGAAAGAUCACUGCUGCAGAGACGGUCAACAAGUUGGAAGGUAUAUUCGUAAGGCUCGGCUAUCCCAACAGUAUAACUCUCGACAACGGUCGGCAAUUCGUGAGUUCAGAAUUCGACAACUACUGCAAGCAGCGCGGCAUCACCCUCAACAGAACGACACCAUACUGGCCUCAGGAAAAUGGUCUUACUGAGCGCCAAAACAGAUCUAUGAUGAAGCGGCUCAAAAUCAGUCAAGGAUUGAAGCAGGACUGGAAGGAGGAACUCAGAAAGUACUUGUUGAUGUAUUAUUCCACCCCUCACAGCACUACCGGAAAAACUCCUUCCGAGCUGUUGUACGGUCGAACGAUCCGUACGAAACUUCCAUCGCUGCGAGAUACGUCGGCUUCUGUCGUCCCUACAGACUACAGAGAUCGAGAUCAAAAAUGA